CCCGCCCCACACCGCCUCUCCCUAAAAACGAUUCAACAAAAAUAAACCAGUACAAAAGCAAAAACACCGCUACCCGAGAGAGGUCGUUUGUUUGGAUUCUCGACGCCACCGAUAACCCCAUCAGAAGGGAAGGGAGAAGCGAAGGGGGGCGAAGAGCGGAAGGAUUAGGGUUUCUCGUGAGAUCGUCGUGGACUCUCGAUCUCUCCUUCCUCUCUUCUUUCUUUCGUCUUCAUUUGUCGGCGUCGUCUCACCUCCGCAACCCUGGGGCGGGGAAGCUCCCGAUCGAGCCCCUGGAGUUGCGCCGAUUGGCUUCGCGUCAUGGCCGGCAUGGAGCUCGAUUCGCCGCGGGACACCGUGUUGUCUCCGAGAGAUCGCAUCGUCCAGAGACUUAUCACCAAUGGUGUUCCCUCCGAGGUGUUAGAGCAGUCUCAAAUGGGGCUUAUAUCAUAUCUCAAGGAAAACAAACCUAUGUAUCCCGUGUUGGUCUCUUCCAUCUUACCAACCGAAGAUGAUUUGUCGGAGCUGCGAAUCUCAUCAGAUGCGUCCAGCAGUGGCAACACUGAGGAUCUGUUUUGUGAGAGUAUGUCGUGGCUAGGGUGGUUGAUGUUCGAAGCUGAACCACAAUCAUCUCUUGAGAAUUUGGCAUCAGAAGCUGUUGGUCAGCGUGCUGUGUGUGGAGCCGUUUGGGGUCAGAAUGACUUGGCCUAUCGCUGCCGCACAUGCGAGCAUGAUCCAACCUGUGCUAUAUGCGUUCCAUGUUUCCAGAAUGGCAAUCACAAGGAUCAUGAUUACUCAAUUAUGUAUACAGGUGGCGGAUGCUGUGACUGCGGAGAUGUGACAGCCUGGAAACGUGAAGGAUUCUGUUCCAAGCACAAAGGAACUGAGCAGAUGCAACCUUUACCAGAAGAGUUGGCAAAUUCCAUCAGGCCUGUUCUAGAUGUUCUUCUCGUACUCUGGAAGGACAAAUUAAUACUCGCUGAAAACCAGAGGAAUCCAAGGGAACAUAACAAAACUGAUGUGUCUGCAGGGAUGGGGAAUAGGUUAUCUUCUGCAGUUAUUGAGAUGUUGCUGGACUUCUGCAAAUGUAGCGAAAGCCUUCUUAGUUUCAUAUCAAAGAAAAUGUUUGAGUGUACCGAUUUGCUCGAUGUUCUUGUGAGGGCAGAGAGGUUCUUGCACAAGAACGUUGUGAAGAAGCUACAUGAAUUACUUCUAAAAUUGCUUGGGGAGCCUGUUUUUAAAUAUGAGUUUGCUAAAGCUUUUACGAGAUAUUAUCCUGUUUCUGUAAGUGAAAUUAUCAAAGAGUGGACUGUUAAAGCAUUUGAGAAGUAUUCGCUACUAUCAACAUUCUCUGUGCAAUUGUUCACUGUGCCUACGUUGACACCACGACUUGUACGAGAGGUGAACCUGCUGGGUGUACUUUUGGGAUGCUUGAAGGACCUGUUCCUUUUUUGCAUUCAGGAAGACGGUCAAUUACAGGUAAGGAAGUGGGAACAUCUCUAUGAGACAAUAAUUCGUUUGGUGGAAGACACACGAUUUGUCCUGAGUCACAAAGAGGUUCUUGCAUACAUAACUCAUGAGAGACCUGAUAUUUCAAGAGCUUGGCUGAAGCUUUUAUCUCUUGUGCAAGGCAUGGAUCCCCAAAAGAGAGUAACAACUACCCCUAUUGAAGAAGAACAUGAGUAUCUUUCUGCACCUUUCGUGCUGGGACAUUUCCUAAGCAAAGUUCAUAAUCUUUUGGUGCAAGGAGCAUUUUCUGCUUUCGAAACCAAAGAAAGGAAGAUCACUUCUUUUUCUUGCCCAGAUUCUGAAUGGUUAGAUGAUAACGAAGGUUAUCGUCAUUCAAAAGUAGGCAGAAUUUCACAAGACAGCUCUGCUUGCAGUAUAAAUAGAACAAGCAGUGGAUUGGAUGGCUCAUCCCAACAUAGUGAUGUGAAGUACGGUGGUGUUGACCACCUAUCUGUUCCAUCACCUGCUAUUUGGUUGAUUUUCGAGUGCCUUAAAGCAAUUGAUGACUGGUUCUGCCAUGCAAGGAACAUAUCACUCUUUGUUGAUGAUAUGAACUACAGUAGUCUUAGUUGUUUUAGAAAGAAAUUAUUCAAGUCAAAAAAGGGUGCGAAUAGUAGCAAAAUUUUUGGGUUGUCUGUGUCUAGGCAGGGAGUAGAUAAGCAUCAGUCACUUCCUUCUGGUGAGCACCAUGAGGUCUCUGAUUUAAUGGACACCGACGGAUGCCUUGAACAUACAACUUCAAGUAGGAUAUCAGAUGAUAGUAUCGUGGAGGUAGAUUCUGGUGCUGAAUCAGAAGCAUUUGGUAUGUUAAAUAUUGCCGAUUGGCCUGACAUAGUUUAUGAUGUUAGUUCACAGGAAAUAUCAUUUCACAUUCCUUUACAUCGUUUGCUUUCAUUAAUAUUGCGAAAAGCGAUGGAAUAUUGUCACAAUGAGAUUGAAAAGCCAGAGAAGGCAAGUAGUGGCUUAUCACUUCCUUCAUCAGCAUGGGGUCAUGAGUUUUUUGGGCAAGUUUUGAGAGGCUUACAACCUUGUGGAUUUUCGGCCUUUCUGAUGGAGCAUCCUCUUCGGUUACGUGUGUUUUGUGCCCAAGUACGUGCUGGCAUGUGGCGCAGGAAUGGUGAUGCAGCCAUAUUUAACUCUGAGUUUUAUCGUGCUGUCCAGUGGUUUAAUCAAGGGCUAGAAUCUGAUCUUUUCUUGCUGCAAUGCUGUGCUGCAUUAGCUCCACCAGAAUUGUUUGUCGAGAGAAUUCAAGAAAGAUUUGGAUUAGUAAAUUAUACAUCUUUGAGUCUUUCAGAGUGCAAUGAGUAUGAGGCAGUUCUGGUGCAAGAGAUGCUUACUCUUAUCAUACAGGUUGUCAAAGAGCGCCGGUUUUCUGGCCUUUCUUCUGUUGAUAAUUUGAAGAGAGAAUUAGUUUAUAAACUCACUGUUGGUGAUGCCACCCGUAGCCAUCUGGUGAAGGCUCUUCCUCGUGAUCUUUCAAACAGUGAUCAACUUCAAAAUGUUCUGGAUAUGCUUGCCACAUAUUCAAAUCCAUCUGGCAUGAAGCAGGGUAAAUAUUCUCUUCGAAAAGCUUACUGGAAAGAGUUGGACCUGUAUCACCCUCGCUGGAAUUAUAGGGACUUGCAAGUGGCAGAGGAGAGAUAUUUUCAGUUCUGUAAAGUCUCUGCUCGAAACGUCCAGUUGCCACAAUGGACGAACAUUUAUAUUCCCUUGAAAACAAUUUCUAGAAUAGCUACAUCAAAAGCAGUCCUCAAAAUUGUCCGUGCAGUUUUCUUUUAUGCUGCAUUUGUGGAUGUUUCACUUGCAUCUCGUGCUCCUGAUGGAGUUCUUAUAACAGCUUUACACUUACUUUCUCUUGCUUUAGAUAUUUGUGGCUCACAGAGUCAAACACGUAGUACUAAUUAUGGUUCUGGUAUUGAUUUGUCACAUCCUGACCACUCAUUCAUGGAAGUUUCACAUUAUGUGGAAGAUUUACCUCCUAUACUGGCUCAUGCUACUGAACAACUUGACAUAGCUGCACAUGGUGAAUCAGCAUUGUGCAAAAACCAAAGCAUGUUAUCCUUGCUAGUUUUACUGAUGAGGAAAUACAAGAAAGAAAGUGACAGUCAUUAUUCUGAGACGAGGCAUUGUAACAUUUCAUUACUUGUCGAGACAUUAGUGAAGAAAAUUGCUGAACUGAACACCGAUUGCUUGGUUAUGCUUCAAAGAAUAGCACCAGAAGUGGUCUAUCAUAUGCGUAAGCAGCCUGCAGAAGAUGCUCCAGAGAGGUCAGCAUCAGCUUCUGAUGCUGAAGAGCGACGGGCAAAAGCCCGAGAGCGACAGGCCGCUAUAAUGGAAAAAAUGAGAGCUGAACAAUCAAGAUUCAUGGCCAGUUUGAAAUCAACACCUAACAGUGAAGCAGAUGGCUCGAUAUCCAAAGAGGAAAAGUUAGACCACGAGGACAAUGUUUCUGAGGAAUCAGCAAUUGUUUGCUCUUUUUGUCGAGAUCCACACUCCCAAAGUCCUUUGUGUUUCCUGAUUCUUCUCCAGAAAUCCUGUCUUACAACUUUUGUUGAGAGAGCUCCUCUGUCCUGGGAAGAUGUAGGCCAGCAAAACGAAAUUCCUUCAACUGGUAUAGAAGGAUCAAAUGGUCCAGGUGGAUCUGAUUCAAAAAAUAUAGUGCAGUCAAUUCAGAAUGUAGGUGUUGAAUUCCCCUUUGACAUGGAACCUGCAGAAGUUGAUAGGUCUUUGGUCUUUCUGAAUGAACAACUGCCUGCUUUUAGAAACAUUCAACCACUUGAUGUCUUUCCUGGUACUGACACAGAACUUAGUGCAUCCCUUGAGAGUAUGGAGGAUGAUAUUUACCGGUCUAUUCUAAGGGAUAUGCACAAUUCUAAAUCUAUUUUAGAUACUCUGGAUGCUGAAAAGAAAUAUUUAACCAAGGAUGCUGUAUUGGGUUCAAGAAAAGGAAGCAUUGCAGAAUUUUUUGCGCUUGGUGAGUAUGUUUUAAGUCUAUCAAGAGAGUCAAAACAAAAUCACUCUUUCAUUUUUGGCCCUCAACGCAUUGUGAAUUUAGCAUCAAGGUCAACUGCUUCAAGUACUACGAUUAGUGGAUUUGGUCCAAGUGAUUGUGAUGGAAUUCAUAUUUCUUCUUGUGGGCAUGCUGUGCAUCGGGAAUGCCAUGAUAGAUAUCAGGUGUCUUUGAAGCAAAGAUACAUUGGGAAUCUUGGCUUUGAAGGAAGUCAUAUUGUGGAUCCUGACCUGGGAGAGUUACUUUGUCCAGUAUGCCGGAGAUUUGCGAACGCCAUCCUCCCAGCACGCACUGGUUUCUCCAAUAAACUUUCAACGACAAAAGAAUCAGCCUUCAGCAGUUCAAUGCCAAAUGACGUUCCUUCAACCUCAUCAGACAUGAACUGUAGCAACUUACACAUUGUUCUUGCAUCAUCUCUUCUUCAAAAUACAGCAAAAAUUGUUGGACAGUGCAGAAAUCUAAAGGUUUUGUCUGGAAAAAUUAAUGAGACCAUGAAUUCAGUUUUAGAGCCUUCCCUCAGAAAAUUGUAUAUGCUGUAUUAUUCUCACAGUUACAGUAGUUUGUCAGCCCCUGGUUGGCUCAGUCGAUCCUUAAUUCUAUGGGACACACUUAGGUACUCAGUUACAGCUACAGAAAUUGCUGCCCGGGCAAAGUUGAACACAAAUUCACUUGGAUCUCAAUCUUGCUUAGAAUCUUUGACUGAGGAACUUCGCUCUUCUAGUGGGUAUAUAAUGUCAGUUCUGGUCCAUGUUGCUCAGUCUGCUGGCAGUUCUAAUUGUCUUGAAGUUCUCUUGAGGUUCAGCAGUCUUCAACUUCUAGCAGGGUCUAUAUGUUCUGGUGUGUCCGGUGAUAAUUACUUGUCCAAUGGAGAUAAGCAAAAAGGCACAACUUCUUCCUCGUUUGAAUGUUAUGACAAUGGGGAAGCUUUUCCUGACAUACAAUUCUGGAAACGUGCUGCGGAUCCUAUUCUUGCUCAUGAUCCUUUUUCUUCUUUUAUGUGGGUUCUUUUCUGCCUCCCAGCCCCUUUUAAAUCCUCAAGAGAAUGUUUCAUUGCUCUUGUGCAUUUAUUUUAUGCUGUUUGCAUUGUUCAGGCUAUGAUUACAUGCUAUGGCAAUCAAAGUUUUGAUGUAUCAAGUUUUGGCAGCAACGUUCUUAAUGAUGUUUGCAGGACAAUGGCAGAAUCCGACCGUGUGAGACAGUAUUUUGUCUCCAGCUAUAUUGAUCACCUUUACCAUCCGAAGGAUAUGAUACGCAGACUAACAUUUCCAUACCUUCGUAGAUGUGCACUACUUUGGAAUUUGCUAAACUCUUCAACAUUGUCCCUGUCAUAUGACAGUCACACAUGGGAAAGGUCAUAUCUUUGUUCAAAAGAUGUACAAUUGGAUAGUGAUAGCCAACUAAGAGUAGAGCUCAAUAAUAUAAGGGAAUUGGAGGACACGUUUAUGAUUUGCUCAUUGGAAUUGGUUCUCAAGAAUGAGGUUGUGCAUGCCUUGGCUUUGAGAUGGUGUGACCAUUUCUGUGAUGAGUUUGGAGUUCGUAAGUACAGAGGCGUUUUAGCUUCAUCUCCUGCUGUUCCCUUUAAGCUGAUGGAACUUCCUCUCAUCUAUCAGGAUCUACUGAAAAAGUACAUAAAGCUACCAUGCUCUAAUUGCAAGUCUGUCCCAGAGGAACCUGCUUUGUGCUUGCUUUGUGGUAAAUUAUGUUCGCUAUACCGGAAGUCUUGCUGCAGGCAAAGCAAAUGCUUAAAUCAUGCAAUGAUCUGUGGGGCUGGUAUUGGUGUAUUCUUGCUGGUCAGGAAAACCACAAUCUUAUUGCAGAGGUCAGCUCGUCGGACCCUCUGGCCAUCUCUUUAUUUGGAUGCCUUUGGUGAAGAGGACCAUGACAUGUCCCGAGGGAAGCCUUUGUAUCUGAGCAAGGAGCGCUAUGCUGCUCUUACAUAUUUGGUGGCAUCUCAUGGUCUCGACCGGAGUUCUGAAGUGCUUCGACAAACGACCACCAACUUAAAUGGUCUUUAUUAGGAUUAUUUUAAGAGGAGCCAAUGAUGGUGCAGCAUGAGAAUCGUAUGUAUCAGCAGGGCCCUUUUUUCCAAUAAUUAAUUGUCUUCUGUGAAGAAGAUGAAGAGAAGUGGCUAGGAAAGAAGCUGAUGGAUCUGUCAAUCAUUGUCACUGGAAUGCUGCUGUCAUCAGGCUUUGCUGUUGGGCAGGUUCCAUUAUGAUGUGCCAUCAAAAAGAGAUCAGGGAUUCAACUGUGCAAGUCUGAAAGAGAAAGAUGUGAGAGAUUUAACUCCCAUGAAGUUUAUUUAUGGGUGUUUUCCAAACUUCUUCCUACCUUUGUACUGUUAGAACUUGCCACACUCAUCGUCAUUUGCAGCCACCACUGCACUUGUAUCAGCUUUUGGGAACUAAGGCUUAGCUAAGUGAUUUUGAGGGCAACAAAAUUUGAGGUUAGAAAAUAAAUACUCUGUAGAAAAGCAUAUCUUAUCUUGGCACACUUUCAAUUUGGGUCUUGCAAUUUAUGUGAGCUAAUUUUUUUUACAAAUAAUAUAAUAAUGUUUAACUUAAUUGGAGUUAGUGAUGAUAUAGUAUUGAGAUCUUUUGUGUUUUGAUGGAUUACAAGUGGGUAAUGUGCAAUUUUUGGUCUAGCUAGAAUAUUUGGGUCAUGUUAGGGCAUGGUAUAUUUAGAUUUUAAUAAUAUGGUUGUGCUCUUUUUGGUUUUUCUUUUUAUUUUCUUCAUAUUUUUAUUUUUUGACGAUUGAUGGAAAAAUGUUUAACAGAAUUGGAGUUAACAUCGAUUUAAUAUUGAGAACUUUUGCGUUUUGAUGAAUUACAAUUGGGUCAUGUUUGAUUUGGUCUAGCUAGUAGAUAAGGGUCGCAUUAGGGCAUGGUUUUUCUUUUACAAUUGUCCUUUUUAGUUGUCCCUUGGCACUUCUAUGGUGGGUCAGCAAGUUCUUCGUUGCACAUUUUCCAAUUUAUUCCUUUUUUUAAUCUGUAGCCACAUAAAGUAUUCAUGGUGCUGUUUGUGGAAAUAAUUAAAAGAUAACAGCAUGUAACUGUUUGGCAUCAGAACUGCAGUGAUUAAGAUAAUAUAGGUUUCUGUCAUAUGGAAGAUAAUUGGUGUCAAGGAAGCAAAUAUGGUUACAUUUUCAAAUAAGCUUUCGAUGCCUUGAUUCACAACAGAUCCUGAAUUGGUGGGAGCUUCAUGCAGUAGGGAUGCUGUUUACAGUAUCCCUUGUACAAUGUGUGUGAAAGUAGUUUGUUGGCAAGAACCUAGAUAAGUUGCAAAGCACUUUCUUUUUUGGUGAACUAUGCAUUUGAGUAUUUGCUUUGAAGAGAAUAUUGGAACAAUAGUGCAAAAAUAUUUUGUUAAGAAAAUAUCUAAAAUCUUGUUUACAGCUGUGCAGUGUUUAAUUAAACAAUUUUGUUGUUUUGAGCUUUUACUUAAUCAAGCUGGAAAUUUUCAUCUUUGUGCCCCAAAAAAAAAAAAUCUAAGUCUUGCUUUUACUGCUGCUCAGAACUAUACAAGUAUAUAAGUUAUAGUUUUGGUAUAUAUUCAGCAUGACCAAAUGGUGAAAUUAUGACAAAUUUCUAGGGUUGUCUUUUCAUUUUUGACUCAAAUACUAUCUUGUAACAUAUACUAGUAAUUCCAUUUUUUUUUUAAUUUUUCUUUAUGAUAUGAUGUUAUGGGUCCAGAGUGUGGAAAUGAUGGUGAUUUCGUUCACUGAUCUAAGCUAAAUUAAUGUACUCUUGUGCUGGAGCUCAUCUGUGUAAUAUCUACCCUUUUUCUUUUAAGAGAAAGGUUCAGUAAUGGUGUAUGGACAAAUAUGUGAGCCAACAAGCUAAGGCGACUCUUAUUUACUAUUUAUGUUAUGAACUUUUCCCCCCCUUUUCUGUUAAUUUGCUAUAAGACAUAUUGGUGUUAUUUCUGAACUGUAGAACUAUCUCGUUUGAUUUCCACAUCAAGCCUUUGUUGACCUUGAAAUCUUGUGAUUCAACUAGUUACCAGCUUGAUGGAGCAGCUACUCCUAAUUGUUACAAUUACUUGCUUAGUUACCAGCUUGUCCUAAUUGUUUACCUUGCCUUGGAUGCCUCUCUUCUCUCUAAAGAUUUGCCACUUGGUU